UAUAUAUUUGUGUGUGUUAAUUUAUCUUUUAAUGCAUCGAUCCUCUUAAUUUGGCUUUUCUUCUUUUUACGUGGAGGUCCUAUAAAUGUUACGUACAAGUUCUUGAUAAUCUCUAAAGCGGAUUCUUCCAUGUCUGACGAACAUGUUUUGAGUUCUUCCAAUCUUUCUGUCUAUAAAUUUAUCAUGACGUGUUUUUAUGUUUUCUAUCGGGAUUAAUCAUGGUGAGGUCCUAUAUGAAAUGCAAGCACUAACUACUACUAUUACAGAAAGUCACAACGAUGGAGAUUAAGGUGGUUGACCUAGGAUGCGAAAAAUGCCACAAGAAAAUCAAGAGAGUACUGUGUGCUAUCCCUCAAAUCCAGAACCAGACAUAUGACAAGAAGGAAAACACAGUGACAAUCACUGUGGUGGGUUGCUGUCCUGAAAAGAUCAAGAAAAAAAUAUACAGCAAAGGAGGUCGAACUGUCAAGUGCGUUGAGAUCAAGCCGCCUCCGAAGGAAAAACCAAAACCAGAAAAAAAACCAGAACCAAAACCAGAAAAAGAACCAGAACCAAAACCAUGCACAUGUUGUGAAAAAUGCCGCCGAGGCCCAUGUUGUCAUCACUUUUGUAUGCCAACAGUCCCUCCAUAUUGUCAUGUACCUUCAGAGUGUGAUAAAUGGGGAGAUGGAUGCUGUAGUUGCCGAAGUAGGGGUUACUAUGUGUGCAGAAGUGCAUAUGUUUGUGAAGAGUACUACCCCCCGACAUGCACAAUCAUGUAAAGGGAAAUCAAGUUCAUGUAAAGGGGUCAUGAUGGGCCUUUGUGUUGUUGUGUUUAUAAUAUCAUCCCUUUCGUGUUGCUGCUAGCUGUUGUUUUGACCUCUUUCAUCUAGAUGAUGCGCGACUUUGUGCCCAGCUAGUAUUUUCAAGUCAAUGGUCACAGUUUUUCCAUGGUUGAUGGCUUCUUACAUGUUACAUGUUUGGUCAGCAAAUAUGGGAGGCUUUACUACCAAGUCUUUGUUUUUUAUGCUA